AUGGCUGAAAGACUGUUGAAUGAGCCGCAGCAUGAUGCACAAUUGCAGUCUCCUCCUGCAACGAAGGAGGACAUGACCUCUUACGUGGUAGCAUUGGAGGCUGCUUUGCUACCAUGCUUACCUGCAAGAGAGCUCCAAGCAAUUGAUCGUUCUCCCCAUCCUUCUCACCAGAUUGAUGUGGAGAGACACGCUAGAGAUUUUAUGGAGGCAGCCAAAAAGCUUCAGCUCUAUUUUAUUGGUUUACAACGCGAAGAUCAGCCCAACAGAUCAGAAACCCUUCAGAAGGAGAUUGCUACGAUGGAAGAUGAGUUGAAAUUAAAGACUGAGCUUAUCAAUAAACAAGAGAUAUUGAUUCAAGGGUGGAAGGAGGAGUUGAAAGAGCAACUGCACAAACACAAAACUGAGUUGGAAAGAGUGUAA